GAACCUGUUUCCUGUAUCUCGCGCGCGGUGGCACACGCCAGUCCGCCUGCUGGAGACACUGCCCCGCGAAGCGAAGGCCACUCCCGCGCGCGGGGGCAGUCCUUGCUGCUUUCGGUCCGCCAGUCUCCUCCCUGCGAGAUUAUUCCCAAUCAGCCCGCGCAGCGGACCCGCCAGUAUCUCGGCGACGGGCGGCUCGACUCCUGCGGUUCUCCCCUACUUAUAACUGUGCCUGCUCUGAUCCUGCCUCCCAUUCCAUCCCCGAUCACCUUCGCAUCCCCUCAGAGUUACGUUACAUGACGCCCAUGCCUGUCUCCCGCACCAGUACUGAAUCCAUUUCCGACCUGACUGACCGUCCAGAGCGUUCCAGGAAUGCCAAAGCUCAAGCGCGGCAUCGAGCCAAGCGCAAGGCGUAUAUAGAACAGCUCGAGACCACAGUGACGAAACUGCAAGUCGCGCUUGCGCUUUCUCCCGAGCAGGUCGCGGCCCUUCCCGCGCCUGUCAUCCGCAUCCGUGAGCUCGAGGAAGAGAACGAGGUCCUCCAUCGCGAAGUGGACGAGCUUCGCCGGCAGAUAGAGGAUCGUAAUUCUCGUCUACGUCCUGACCUUGGGCGACGACAUGGCACAAUCGCUACCAGCCCAUACGAUCGCGGAGACUAUGAGUCUAGGCGCAGAAGGCUCACAGAAUCGCAAGUCUAUUUGCCCUCCUCCGCCAUUGCUCAUCCCUUCGUCGACCUCUCCCAAACCCAGCAGCCGUCACAACUGGGAGUAUACCCCAGAUUGACGUCGUCGACGCUCACGUCGUAUGGGAUGUAUCAAAUCCCUGGCACCCCUUCGAGCUCGGGCACAAGUACCGCUUCGAAUUCCCCAUUCUCGCCCUGCGACUAUACCCCACCGUCGACGACAAUCCAUACGCAUCACCGUCCGACCUCGUCCGCGACCUCGCCCUCGCUGCUUGCGUCGUAUGGACAGGCGCCAGGUCAGUACGAGUAUGUCAAGCUAGAAGAAGAUUCCUAUCAUGGUCAUGCUGUAUCUCAUACGAACGGCUAUUCUGCCUCGUUGCCUCAGUACGCAGGUAGCCAAUCGUCGUUGAACCAUUGGCAAACCUACGCUCAGCGGUCAUGACUACCGUGUCGAGCGAAUGGUACCUGAUCUUCCGUACCGUGGGCAUGUCUUGCUGGCUCUCCUAUCUUGAGUUCGGUCUUACUGUCGCUGUGUUUUGGUCUUGCUGUCUUGCAUGCUAUGGACUCUGGGAUCCUGCAUGCUGUUGUCUCAUCACUGUAUCCAACAAAAACACCCAACUGUCCUGCAGCUCACGGACGGUGGUCUUGGUGCCUGCAAGUGUAGAUAAUAGUGGCUUUCGAAUCGGAUUGCCUCGGGAACUUGUCCAUAUGGUCCUCGUGUUAUCUAAUGCGAUACUUUCUCAUGCA